GCGGGGCAGGCGACGCCGGAGCCGAGCCGCGGGCCGGGGGCAUGUGGGGGCCCAGCGUGGUGGUGCGCAGCGGGGGGCUGCUCUCGGGCGCCCACCUGGGCUGCCGCGUGCGGGAGGAGGACGUGGGGCGCCACGAGUCCUUCAGCGCAGAUUGGCUCGACCUGGUGCUCAGCACCCGGCCUGAGGAGGGGUGGUGCCGGCGGGAGGUGGACGAGCAGCGCCGGGAGACGCUGGAGCAGCGCGGGGAGACGCGGGUGCUGGAGCAGCGCUCGCCCUGGGGGCUGGUGCGCGCCGGGCACCUGGGGCAGCCGCUGGCCCAGCACCUCCUGCCCUACGCCCGCACCCUGCCGCUGCCCCUCUUCGCGCCCCCCGACCUGCGCGGCGCCAAGCCCGGCGUCCCCCGCACCCUCUCCCGCUCCCUCUCGCACGAGGCCCAGCGGGGCUGAGGGGCCCCGGCGUCCGGGCCGCGGGCAGGGGGCUGCAGCAGGCGCUGGGCUGGGCUCUAGUUUGCUAGCAGGGGGGUGAGCAGGUCGGCGACGGAGGCGGGGGGCAGAGGGGGCCCGGACUCCUGGGCCCGUUCUGCAGCCCCGGAGAAGCAACGCGGGUGGAUGGAGAGCAGUGGGCGGGGGGAGGCCGGGGGGGGGGGGACUCCUGGGUCGUCCCCCCCCGGGGCAGCGAUGGCGGGGGCUGGGAGGGGGACGAGGCGCCGGGGGCAGAGCCGUGCCCGACCGUGACUCUGCUCCCCGGCGGGCGCCGGCGGGGGGGGGUCCCGGGGCCCGUGGGGGCCGAGGCGGGUUUCUGUGCGUGGAUUUUUUUACUGAUUUGACGUUCUUUGUACUGCAAUAAACCGUCCAGCCUUGC